UAAUUAUAACCAAGUUUGCGAACGAAAAUACAAAAACAAUUAAAAUUUCAUUCAAAUAAGGAUUAAAUAAGUUAAAAGAAAGCAAAAAUGUCUGAUUUAAAAAUAGAGGAACUGGAUUUAUACGAAAUCCUUAACGUAGAAGUCAAUAGUUCAGUCGCAGAGAUCAAAAAAGCUUACAGGAAGCAAGCCCUGCAAUGCCAUCCAGAUAAAAAUCCCGACGAUCCGAAUGCUGCUAAGAAAUUCCACGAAUUAUCGAAAAUAUUGGAAGUUUUAACCGACUCCUCGGCCAGGGCUGCCUACGAUAAAGUACUCAAAGCCAAAAAAGAAGCCAUCUUGAGGCACAAAGAACUAGACAGUAAGAGAAGGAAACUUAAAGAAGAUUUAGAAGCAAGGGAAAAAGGGGGAAUAGGAAGGCACAAAGAAAAAUCCGCUAGUCAACUAUUAAAGGAGGAAAUUGAAAGGUUACGAAAAGAGGGAUCCAAACAAGUUGAAGAAGAAAUCGAAAUGGUUAGAAGAGAAUUAGAAAAGGAAUUUGCGAAUAACACGGCCAACGACGGUUCGAAAUAUCGAAUAAAAUUAAAAUGGUCCGCAGAAAAAAACGAUUCCACAAACGGAGGCUACACUCACGAAAUCCUCCACAGAUUCCUAUCAAAAUACGGAGAUGUACAAGAUUUAGUAAUGUCGCCGAAGAAAAAAGGAAGCGCUCUAGUGGAAUUCAAAGACAAAAAAGCCGCUGAAAUGGCGGUGGAUUUCGAAAUAGGCCUACCAACAAACCCGUUAAAAUUCGAAUGGAUCGGGGGAGCCCCUAAAAAAAAUCUUACCGCCAGCUCGCUCGUAAAAGACUCGGAUUUCGAAAGCGUGACUUUAACGAAAAUGAGGCAGGCGGAAGAAAGGAAGAGAUUGAUAGAGCAGAUGAUGCGAGAGGACGAGGAAUCCUGACGAUGCAUUUACACUUAGGCAAUAAAAGUUUUAAAAAAAUUUAUAAAUUUAAUAUCAUCGACGAUACAUCACUGUGUGCACAAUUAAUUUAUGUAUUGAAAAUCUACGUAAAAUUAAAAAAAAACUUUGAAUAUAUCACAGCUAAUUCUAAAACGUUAUAAAGGAAUUGCGACAGUGUCUUUUUUUUUUAUUGUAAACGGGCCGGUAUGAUUUACCGAGCAAAUUAUACAGAAUAUUUAAUUUGUGCUUAUAUAGUAAAUAUCAAUAAAGUCAAGAAAUGUUGUGUAUGUUUAUUAAAACGCUCAUUUAUACACACAACUUCUUGACGAAUUAAAAUAAUUAUUAAAAAAAAUAAUGAACAAAAUAACAAUAAAAAUAAAAAUUUGAUAAUUAAAAAAUAAAUAAAUCCGGCUUCUUAUAGAAAUCGAUUCUAAAAAAAUAAACACACAAACAGAUAAAAAUUUAGCGAAACGUUAUUGCUCAAAAUCGAUAUUUUUAACUGCCUGUUUCAUAAAUAAUAUCCUGCGUUAUAUAUAAAACAAAUCAAUAAGGCUUCCUCUAGGAAUCGAAUCGAAUCGGAAUUCAUUCGAAUUUCGUCCACUGGCUCUUCGCGUUGACCUUCCCGUGCGAUCCGAACGCCUCGAAACCGCUACGAUUUUGCAAAUUAGCCGAAAAGUUAAACGUCAAACCGUACUCCUGCAACAAAUCCUGAUCGUUCCUCUGCUGCUGCUGCUGCUGUUGCACGCUCUGAUUCGAUAUUCCGCCGUUUUCGUACGUAUACAAAGGAUUCGAUAUGGUCAACGGCACCUUUCUCUCGCCCGACUUCGAUUUCAACGGAUCGAAAUCGUCGAUAUCCGACGAGGAAUCCAGCCGGAUCAAGUCUUCGCUCUCUU